AUGGGACAGCAGUUUACCAACGCUGAGGGGGAGCAAGGAGAGAUCGACGUGGCAGAACUGCAGGAGUGGUACAAGAAGUUCGUGGUGGAAUGUCCCAGUGGGACCCUCUUCAUGCACGAGUUCAAGAGGUUCUUCGGGGUCCAGAACAACCAGGAGGCAGCAGAGUACGUGGAAAACAUGUUCAGAGCUUUUGACAAGAACGGGGAUAACACCAUUGAUUUUCUGGAAUAUGUAGCUGCCUUGAAUCUUGUUUUGCGAGGCAAACUGGAGCACAAGCUGAGGUGGACGUUCAAAGUGUAUGACAAGGAUGGGAAUGGCUGCAUAGAUAAACCUGAGCUGCUGGAAAUCGUUGAUUCUAUCUACAGGCUGAAGAGGGCGUGUUGGUCGGACACAGAGGACAGGACCCCACUGCUCACCCCAGAGGAGGUUGUAGACAGGAUAUUUGAGUUAGUGGAUGAGAAUGGGGAUGGGCAGUUGUCCCUUGAUGAGUUCAUUGACGGAGCCAGGAAAGACAAGUGGGUGAUGAAGAUGUUGCAAAUGGAUGUGAACCCCGGGGGCUGGAUCACUGAGCAGAGGAGAAAGAGUGCUGCACUUUGAGAAAAUUCAGCUUUGGUACAGCUGACAGUGUGAUGCUGACUCCAAGUGUGGCUCUUCCUCUAGGGUGGUAGGGACUUUCCCUUGUAAUCCAAUCUCAGCAUCCAGAUGAAAACUUGGAUGGUUUAAGAAGCCUGUAUCUCAACCUAAAACCCAUGUGCUGCUGGUACCCAGAGACUAUUUUUGGCCCAUGAAUAAGUCUUUCUGUGUGCACAGUACUGUGUUUGCCAG